ACCAAUGACACGCCGCCGACCAAAACGUGUGCCAACAAAAUCACCUCCUAUUAAUUAAACAUAUAUCAAUCAUCAACACCACAAAAACACAUAUACAUACAUAGUGAAUGAAUGCCAAUUACAUAGAGAUCACCGGAGGAGGGACCUAUUUUGAAGGUCAAAAAAGUGAAAAUUCAAAUAAAUAAAUAAAUAAAAGUAUGCAGCAGAUAUGCAGAAGAAAAUCAUUUCACUUUAACAUUAAGAAAAGAAUCCUCUGGCGAAUCUCCGUCUUACGCCGCUAUUUACGCUCAAUUUGGUCCAGAUUUGUUGCCUGUUGGAUCGCCAAAUCUUCCGUUAGGUAUCGCCACUUUCCACCGCCAUCCUCCUCCGCCGCCUCCCCCUUUUCUCCUCCGGUUAUAGAUAAUGGCUUCUCCUCCUCCUCCGCCGUCAACGUGCUGCCUCUGCCGCGUAAGGACUCGUCGGAUUUAGUUUCUCUCAAAAUCAGUCUCUUCGGCGAUUCUCACAUUGGGAAAACCAGUUUUUUGACACAGUAUGCAGGGAGAGAGAAAGGGGAAGAAGAAUUAGGAGUGACAGGAAUAAGCCACGUGGACAAGACAUUGUAUAUUAAGGGUGCUAGGAUUACUUACAGCAUUUGGGAAGUCAGAGGUGAUCAUUCUUCACUUGAUCAUAUUCCAGCUGCCUGCAAAGAUUCAGUGGCUAUGUUAUUUAUGUUUGAUCUUUCGAGUCGACGCACCUUGAAUAGUGUGAUCAGAUGGUAUCAGGAAGCAAGAAAAUGUAACCAGACGGCAAUUCCAGUAUUAAUUGGAACUAAGUUUGAUGAUUUCAUCCAAUUACCAAUUGAUAUGCAAUGGACCAUCUUUGUUAAACGUUUGGAAAAUCGCUUGGCCCAUACCAUUGCUACUCGAUAUGAGGUGCAUUGGUCUGCUUGGCCUAAAUGGCGUUCUAUAUCUAUAUCUUCGCAAUGA